AUGGCAGGGACUACAGGGGCAGCUGCGGCUGGGGCACGCCAGCUGACUCUGGCAUUGAUCAAGCCCGACGUGGCUGCACACCCUCAUCGAGUGGAAACCAUUCUGCGCAUCAUGCGCACGAAUGGGUUUGAAGUCCUGCAACGCAAGCGUCUGCGCGUGCCCCGGGAGCUUGCAGAAACCUUUUACGGCGAGCAUCGUGAAAAGUUUUUCUUCCCUCGUCUGACCAACUUUAUCACGAGCAACGACCUUGAAGCUCUGGUGCUAGCGCGCCCCGAAGCCAUUUCUGUGUGGCGUGCCCUUCUUGGUCCCACCAAGGUUCACCGCACACGCAUCACCAAUCCCGGCACCUUGCGCGGCCUCUUUGGACUCUCAGAUACGCGCAACGUGGGCCACGGCUCAGAUUCUCCCGAGGCUGCCCGGCGUGAAAUUGGUCUCUUCUUCCCCGAACUCGACUAUGAUCAACUUUGGGAGGCCGCGCAAAAGCCAGCUGCGCCGACAUCUUCAUAA